ACCUCACCGCCCCUUUCCAUUCAAACCAACCUUGAGCCACACAUCAGAGCGUUUCAUCCACAGCCUCUGCUGACUGCUUUAGGAGCCUGUGAGAUUGCUGAAGUUUGACUUGGAGAAUAGUGACCAACAGAGACCAUGAUGAAAAUCACACUGCUGCUGCUGCUCACCCUGACAGGGCCUUUCUGUACCUUUACCCAAGCAAGUCCGACGACGCCACCAACAAGUUUGGAAACGACUUCAGAACCAAAACCUUCAGAAACAUCUCCUCCAGUAGCAUCAACACAAACACCAGUUUCUGAAACUACAGAAAAAAUGCCUGUCAUGACUGCAGGAGUACCAGCAGCUUCCACAGCUCCACAAGUGACACAAACAGAACCUGCAGCCUCAACAGCAGCAGCAGCAGAAUCAACAAAAGCUGGAACUGAAGUAAAAAACGACACUGAAGCCACAAUUGGAGCCGCAACUGAUCAUGUUGUAGGGACGACAGAUGAAGAUGGCAAGGAAUCACCGUCACCAGUAAAUAUAGUGGACGAAGAAGGAAUGGGCACUGGACAGGUGGUGGGGAUUGUAAUCGGCGCAUUGAUUGGAGUAAUUGUUGUCAUCGCUAUAAUCAUCCUGGUUGUCAGAAGAAUGGGCCAGUACUCGCCUGCAAAGAAACGAAAGCCUCAAAAACAAGACAGCAUCUUGAUCUCUCCCCUGAAAAGAAAGGCUCGACAGGAAGAGAAGAAGAAGAAAUCCGGGAAGUUCUGAACUAUUGUUCUAAUGUUAAAAACAAUGCAAGCAGCACUCUCACCAUCCAUCCAGGACAUUAAAGGGAGCGGCACUGUGCCCCCAUCCCAUUUCCCCUUGAAAAAGAUGCCCCCACAAAACACCUACAAACAUCCUCUUAUUUUGUCUGCGAAGUCUCAUUUAUUCUCCAAAGGUGGGAGCCCACAGUAUCUUUAAUAAAAUAAAACAAUAAAGUAACAGGAGAUGAAUGUUUUUAUGAAGGGCUUAAUAAACAUAAACAAAUUGUACAUGCAAGUAAAUGCUUGUAUGUGUGUAUUUUAUUACAUCUCAAUUGUAAAUAUCACACACACACACGAAUACAUAUUGUCUUUAUCUGCUUCAAAUUUCUUUGUUUUUACCCCCUACAGAUAUGUCCAAUAAGACUAUGACGCAUUAUGUACAGUGUAUGAACUGUUAUAAGCAGAUGCUUCGGAUAUUUCUGUUCUCAAGAAGAGUAAUUGACAAGUCUAGCGGCAUUAACUGAUACAUUGUGAACUAUAAGGGAGCAGAACACAUUAAUGGCUUGAGAUUUACUCUUUUGCAGUGUAUUAACAGAGUGACCUGACUGUUUUGCUCUUAAUUGUCACCCAUUCCAAAAGUGACAUCACUUCCUCUGGGAUGCAUUAUUAUGUGUUCCAGUCAGCUUAGCUCCAGCGUGCAGCUGCUAUUGGCAAGUAUUACUAAAAUCCUGAUCUUCCUCACAAAGCAAGCGUUUGCAUGGUCUAGUUGUUUGCAUUUCUUUUACUGUCAGUGGGGUUCGUGUUAUUCACUGACAUUCUUCAGUGUAACUCUCUAUUUAGAGCUUAGCUUUAAGAGAUCAGUAAUAGGUGCACUGAUGAUAAAUAAAAUACAUGUUUAAUAUUAAGAAGGGACUUCAGACACGGCGAGUGUUUGCAAUGACAUUUUGUGUGUAUUUUUGCCAGAUUCCUCUUUAUACCCUGUUACGACAUAAUCUUGAUUUCCCAUCUGAUGUCAGAAUCCACUUAAAACCGAGUUUUUGUAUUUUGGGGGUGUUGUUUUUUGUUCAGUUGGUUUCAAUAAAAAAAGUUCCAAAGUA